AUGGCCGAUCCCGUGGGCCAAGCCGGGACAACCCACUCAAGGUCCUCCGCACCACGGGUCCGCCUCACCUGCGAGGCGUGUCGCCAGCGCAAAGUGAAAUGCGACAAGUCAAGUCCUUGUACAAGCUGCCAGCGACUUGGACUUGUCUGUGUUCCCGUGGAACGUGCGCGUCUCCCGCGCGGUCGCACGCGAAAACCUGAGCGGAUCGUAGGCUCAGACAAAGAACUAUCUGAGCGGGUAGCGAGACUCGAGAAACUCUUGAAAAAAGUCGCCAAUGAGCGGGAAGAGGAAUUACAGGUUGCCUCGGCUCUCACUGUGCCCGCAUAUCCAUACACGCAGCAGCAGUCGGCAGCAGAUACCAGCAACGCCGGUCCUAAUAUCCGGCAGGAUCAGAAUGAUAACUUACCCGCUACAGGUCAGCCACAUCUUCCUCGCCCUUCCACUGCCUAUGUUGGGGGUCCAUUUUGGGAGGAUAUUAUGCAGCAGACCCAAGAAUUGCGCAGUGUCCUGGAAGGUCGUCUAGAAAAUGAGGACCACGCUGUCAAAGAUUCAGCAUCUGGGUUUGGCACAUCGCUUGUGAGCUCGGAAAGCCCUGAAAGCUCAUCAAAUUCACCCCAGGCCAACAGCCGAUUAAAUCUCCAACCGCAAAUCCGGCACAGGUUAUGUGACAUUUUCUUCCGCAACGUUGAUCCUCUCUUCAAAAUUUUACAUCGACCGUCACUACAAGCAUUCAUCAAAGAUGAGAAGCCUUAUCUUGACUAUGAGCAGGAUCACCAAGCGCCAGCCACCCUUGCUUCGGCUAUCUAUCUUUGCGCUGUGUGUACUCUUGAGGAAGGGGAAUGCCAAUCGAUUUUCAACACGAGCAAAAAGAUCGUACUCGCAGAAUUUCAAAGAGAAACCGAAUCGGCGCUCGCGAGGGCGGACUUUGUCACUACAAACGAUCUCACUGUCCUCCAGGCUUAUAUUAUCUCUCUGCUCGCCGCGAGGUCUCAAGACCAAAGCCGAAGGGUGUGGACCAUGUUGAGCAUGGCACUCCGAGUAGGCCAGGCAUUAUCUCUCCACAUCCCACAUCCACCAUUCACGGUGCGCCCUUUUGAACACGAGAUGCGCAAACGAGCUUGGCUAGGAAUUGGCCUUCUCGAUGUAGCAGCCUCCCUAGACAGGGCAUCCGAGCCCAUGAUGCAAUCCGCAUGGCUGGAUUACAACCCGCCGUCAAAUAUCAACGACGAGGACUUAUGGUUCGACAUGCCAGGUCCAAUUCCCGAACACAUAGAUGGCACAUUUACCGACAUGACCCAUACCUUGGUCAUUGCAGCGUCAGCAUCCGUAGCCCGAACCCUUGCAUUUUCAGACCUCACCGAGCCAGCCGUGACUAUUUUGAGUUUGCGGCAGCAAGUCGUCCACGAUUUCCAACAAAAGACAUCAGAUCUUCUGAGGGGCUGCAGGCCCGACCUGUCAGACUUCCAGUGGUACGCGCAGAAGACAGCGGAGAAUGCCCUCCUUAAAAUCGCUGCUGAUAACCUGCUGUGGUCACAGGAGGCAUACAACUACCCAGGUGCCAGGCCUUGGCGGUGGUACGCCUCGAUGUGGGUUCCGUGGCACGCAUUGGCUGUAGCCCUUGCCGAACUCUGCGUCUGCAAAAACCCCGCGGUGAUGUCAAAAUACUGGACCGUCGUUGACGACGUCUACCAGCGCUCACGGCUCAUAAUUGCAGAUUCUGAGCAGGGGAUGCUCUGGAAACCUCUGGAGAGGCUCAUGACACAGGCGAAAACGCGACGAAAUGAGCUUCUCGGUGCUGAUGUUGAUGCUUCUUACCAACCGGUUUGCCAAUACGCUUUCGACAGCAUUGCCACCGGACCUUUCUCGAAACAACCUGAAAAUCAACAGAAUCAACAGAAUCAACAGAAUCUUACGGACUUUUCGCUUGAUUUGGGACAGGCUGUUGGUGCACCGCGAGACUCGCACGUCGCAGAAGUGCCGACUUCCUUUGCGCCGGUGCCCUGGCCUAAUGUGUGGGAUGCGAUGGAUUUGAGUGACCCGACCUUGCAAAGUGGCUCCGAUGACACGGCUUGGUUGAGUUACGAGAAUUUUAUCGAAAAUGUUUACGAUAGCGUUGAUUCGAUUUUCUUGCCACGGUGA